AUGGCGGGUGCCGAUCCCCCGCAAACUUAUAGUGAGGCUUUGAGACGAGCAAUGAGGGCAGAGAUAUUCGAGAACAAGAUCACCCUAGUAGGUCCCUCAAUAGAAGGAUCGAGUGAACCACCCUCCGCCCCACAGAGAGAAAAAGUUGAGGGUGGAAAGAGCAAAGAAAUGAAGAGUAAUAAAAAAAAGUUUCAGCCUAGACAGAAUAGAAGGGAUUUGAAGAGUAAACGACCUCGGACAGAAGGGUUUCCCCCUUGUCCUAAAUGUGGGAGUAACCACUCAGGAGAGUGUUUGAGAGACCAGAACGUGUGCUAUCGGUGCCGGCAGCCAAGGCACUUGAGGAGGGAUUGUAAAGCUCAUCUCCCAUUAGCAGUUCAGAGUUCUAGAGGUACUAGUGCCAGAGUGUUUACAAUGGCACAAGGUGAAGCAAAGGCCAGUCCAUUAGCUGUAAUUGAGAAAUUAGGUUAUGGGUACAAAGAGAAAUAG